CGAGAAGGACUUUGUAAGGAUGUUUACAAAUUUCCUCAUCGCUCUUAAAAACGUACAGAAUUCCAAAUCUAAAUGGAUGAUUAGUCAAGUUGUUUUCAUUUUACAUAACAUUGCCAGAAGAAAGGGAGCAAAGAAAUUUUUCUCAGUAAACAACACACACGAUGUUAUUAAAAACAUGGAGUUUAAAGAAAAAGAAACAUCAAUUGUUGCAACAUUUCUACUGUUACUUAUAGAAGACGAUUCUACCACAGACACGGAGGCAAUAAGGGAAUCAAAACGUUGUCUGAAAGAAGCUUUAAUGCACCGUGUUACAAAGAAAGAAGGAAUGCUACGGCAAUAUUCACGAUCUGAGCUGCUUCAAGGGCUGGCUAAAAUCUUAGAACAAAAUGACGAGUUGAAUGAGAUGCUUCCACUGUAUCCACACCUAAAAGAAAUACUAACACAUAAAGAUCCCGAUGAACAAAUAUUUACUACACAAUGUUUGAGAGAAUUAUGUAGGAAUAAAGAAGGAAGUGAGAAAAUCGUCACAGACGAAGAAUUAAAUGACAUGUUAAGAGAUUUAAUAAACAGACAUGGGGAUCUUUCAUCUAACGUACAUUCGAUACUUUGGAGAGCUGGACGUACUACAGGAAUAUUGCCAUCUAAAACAGAUAUACUGCUGUCUGAUGAGUUCCCCAAAAGAUUCGAAAUUAAACCAAUGCCGUUAGGUCAAGGAGGUUUUGGUAGCGUCCAUCUUGUUGUCGAUAUAGACCAACCAGAUGAUGAAAAAUUUGUUGCAAAGAAAACACACGCAGACCCAAAAAAUCAAAAGAAGUGGAUGAGCUUACAAUCAGAGGCUUCCAUUUUAAUUAAACUGAAACACAAAAACAUCGUCAAGUUUCAUGGGUAUCAAAGGAAAAAAAAAUGAUAUAGUCUUAU